CAUUCCACAGAACUAAGUAAAUGCCAAAAAAUAGACUAUCUAGGUCUACGCAGAAGGAAAACUGUCCUCAAGAGGAAACAGAUUAGGUUCAUGCAGCUUUGAUAAGGAUAUCUAGCAAUAGCAAUAAAGUUUAAAAAAAAAAGUCAACUUUGUAUCUUGGAAUGCAGUUCUUUGAUGCCAGAAAUUUUUUCUACUGCAGUAUUUGCAACAUUCCAUAACACAGGCUGAACAAAGCAAGGGCUCUCUUACCUUGAAUUUAAAUACUUUUAAACCAUUGCAUCACUUUAUUUUCACCUUUUUGCAGUAUGAUUUGAAACAAUCACCAUGGAUUUUUCACGUCUACACACGUACACCCCACCCCAAUGUGUGCCAGAGAACACUGGCUAUACAUAUGCACUCAGUUCAAGUUAUUCUUCAACUGCUCUGGAUUUUGAGACUGAACACAAAUUGGAUCCAGUGUUUGAUUCUCCAAGAAUGUCAAGACGCAGUUUACGCUUGGUCACUUCACGAUAUAAUGCAACAGAUGAUGCCCAAAAUGACAACAUUCAUAGCAAUUCCUAUAUUGGAAACGUGUCUUUGUCAGAUCAAUCAUCCAGAACAGCAAAGCAGCGCAAAAGUAUGAGCAAGCAGUCUGUCACUGUGAAACAUACUCCAAGAAAAAAUGUAUCCAGCUCUUCUGUUUUUAGCCAAAGUAGUUUCAAUAGCCAUGCCAGUGAUACAUCUGUAGUAUCUACUGUAUUGGAUGAAUCUUUGAUUCAGGAGCAAACAGAAGUUGACCAUUUUUGGGGUGGGGAGACAACAGUGAUUCAGGGAAAUGGUGAGAUAGCAACAGCUGAAACACAGACUACCAUGAUCAAUGGCUAUACUUGCAGUGACUGCAGUAUGCUUUCUGAACGGAAAGAGGUCCUCACAGCGUACUCUGCUUCUCACAUGCCAUCUUCAAGAAUUUACUCGAGGGAUAGAAGCCAAAAAUACAAGUCUAGAAACACCCCUUUCUACAUGAAUAAGAUUCUACGAUUGAUCAAAUAUACUGCAACAUCUUUUGCAUCACUGUUAGUGCAACUAUUUCAAAUGGUUUUGCUGAACCUGGGUUAUGAAUUUAAAGAAAUUCAGAUCUUAUCUAAUCAAGCUUUCCUGGAAGGUGCUACAGACAAACGGAGAACUGCUCACUCGAAUUACUGUGGAAGUAUGAAUGUAAAAGACUUUCUCAAAGAGGAUGGCCAUCUUGGUAUAAAUGGGGAAUCCUUGUGUGAUGACUGUAAGGGGAAGAAACAUCUUGAAACAUACACAACAGUCCACAUGCAAUCCUCAAGGUCUAAAAGGGUAGCAAGGACCAUUUGGCACACCUUUUCUUAUGCAGGUUACUUUGUGCUACAAGUGUUGCAAACAGUGGGAGCAACAGGAUGGUUUAUGUCUCAGAAGAUGUUAUCACUACUUUGGCUGGCCAUUGUUUCUCCAGGGAAGGCAGCUUCUGGGGUAUUCUGGUGGCUUGGAACUGGAUGGUAUCAACUUGUUACUCUGAUUUCUUUGUUCAAUGUGUUUCUUCUUACAAGAUGCCUUCCAAAGAUUUACAAGUUGUUACUGUUUCUCAUCCCACUGCUGUUUUUGCUAGGUAUAUGGUGCUGGGGCUUUGAAGGCGUCCUUUCAUUACUGCCUGCAUUCAAUUGGACAAACAUACGUCAAACACAAAGAAUAGAUGAGCCUCUGCAGAUUCUUAAACCACAUCCUGAUUCUUCUCGCUAUGCUCAGCCUCCAGAGGGUCCCGGACAGUUAUUUGAUUCUAGUCGUAUGAGUGAACUGGAAAAGCAAAUGGCCUUCAUGUCUGACAGAUGUCAUCACAAUGAUGAAGAAUAUGGCAAAGUGAUGCUACAGCUUGAGAAGCUUCAGGAUCAAGUUGCCCAGAUGAAUGACAAAAGUGAGAUGUUGAUACUAAUAAAAAAUGUAAUGGGCCAACAUCUUAAGGAAAUGCAAUCUGAGGAAGUGGCACGUUCAACGACUGAUCUUCUGGCUUUACACCAAGAACAUGAAUUGCGCAUUUUGACACUGGAAGACUUUAUUGGAAAACUUUCUGCAAAAUCUGAGAUUUUUCAUAUCUAUCAGGACAUCCAGAAGGAACUUGAACUAACCCAAACAAGAACAGUGAGUGGAAGUGAUGAGCAAAACCAGCACCUUUUAUCCAAGGUUAAACAACUAGAACUAGAGUUGGCUCACAUGAAAUCAGAACUGUUAACUCCACAAGACUUGAAGACCAGCUGUGAGAAAGUAGAUACGAUUCAUGAAAAGGUAGAUGCCCAGGUCAAAGAAUCUGUCAAACUUAUGUUUUUCGGUGACCGACAAGAAGACUUUUCUGAAUCACUACUCCAAUGGCUAACAUCCAAAUUUGUGAGCAAGAGCGAUCUGCAGGUUUUGUUACAAGAUCUAGAGCUGCAAAUCCUCAAGAAUAUUACUCUCCACAUGUCUAUUACAAACCAAAAGCCAACCUCUGAAGUAGUAACAAGUGCAGUAAAUAAUGCAGUGAUUUCUGGCAUCACAGAAGCGCAAGCACGCAUUAUUGUAAAUAAUGCAUUGAAACUCUAUUCUCAAGACAAGACUGGUAUGGUGGACUUUGCUUUAGAAUCUGGAGGUGGCAGCAUUCUGAGUACUCGCUGUUCUGAGACCUACGAGACCAAAACAGCUCUAAUUAGUCUCUUUGGAAUUCCUUUGUGGUAUUUCUCUCAGUCUCCCAGAGUGGUAAUCCAGCCUGACAUAUAUCCAGGAAACUGCUGGGCAUUCAAAGGAUCACAGGGAUACCUUGUAGUUAGACUUUCUAUGAUGAUCUACCCAACAGCCUUUACGUUAGAACAUAUACCAAAAACACUUUCACCAACAGGAAAUAUCACGAGUGCUCCUAAGGAUUUCUCAGUAUAUGGUCUAGAAGAUGAAUAUCAGGAAGAAGGUACCCUUCUCGGACAGUACGUCUAUGAUCAAGGAGGAGAGUCACUACAGAUGUUUCAAGUGACGGAGAAAAAUGAAAAUGCAUUCCAGAUAGUGGAGCUAAGAAUUUUGUCUAAUUGGGGCCAUACAGAGUACACCUGUCUGUAUCGGUUCAGAGUGCAUGGAAAACCUACUGAAUAAACUAGUACACUACAGCUUUUUUGUUGUAUAUUUUCUGUUUGUAUAUAUUGGAAAACCUAGAACACUGGAAUCUUUAAAGGAUGAGGAUCUGUGACAUGUACUGCAGGAUCAAUACUCCUUUUCAGUAAAAUGCAGGCGACUGCCAGAAGAAUUGUAUACAAACUCAUACCUGCUCUGAUGCUCAGCUUGUAAUUGCCAGUCAGCUUUAUAUUUUUAAUGUGUCCAUUCUGAGAAAAAUAUUGCAUGCAAACUACUCUGGUUCAAAAGCCAAGUUGGCAAAUAGGUGAUAUUUAUUUUAUUACAUUUGAAUGUACAGUUUUUAAAUAAGAUAUGCUUUCUGCAGCUAGAAAUGUGUUUUUUAAUACAGGCCCCAUCUGCACACUUCUAUUACCCUGGCUCCCUAUGUCAAAACGUAUAAACACUUUUAAACACUAAUUGUGGCUAAUGUAUCCUUUAGUUGACCAUGACUUUUGAACUUGUUGCUAGGCCCAAAAGGACUUCCUGAGUAGAUGCAGAAUGAGAUACAUGUUACUGUCAAGGAAAGUGAAUGGAACCAAAAAUAGUUUAAACAUCAGAGGCAUAAAAAUCUUUCCUCCAACAUGGAACCAUGCAUUAAUGUAAAAGCCAGGGUUGAUUUUAAACCACUACAGUUAGUUUAAGUUUUCUUCCUAUCUAGUUUCCUUUUGACUUAGCUUGUUAGAAUAAUCACUCAGUGUACUAAUCUUUAGUAGGCUUAUCUCAUAUACCAAGGUGAGAGUCUGGCUAGUGGUCUGCUGAUAAGACCAAUUCAGAGCUCAAAUUGUAGAGGCAAAAUCUUGGUGUGCAGAAAUCUCUCUUCAGCACAGGAUUAGUUGGGCUAGCUCACUUUAUAAGUGCUGUACUGUGGAAGCACUAAGUGAAAAUAGGUUCCACGUCAUAGACUUAACUUUUAAUUUAAAACAAUUCUGCAGAGAAGUAACUUGCAAAAGAGGUCCACGCUCAAUGCCACUAUAUUUAGACAAUGUUUCCAUUUUUAUACCCUUAAAGUGGAGGAUUCAUUACCCAUUGAAGAAUGUUAGAGCAAUGACUCAACAGCAUUAUCUUACUUGAUUUAAUUGGAACUUGCAUUGUAUUAACAGACUGCAUUUUUUUAACAGACUUCUUGCACAGCUCUCCUUACUUAGAGGCUCAUUUUUGUAAUUUUAUUUCUGAAUGUUACUGGAAACCCUUUAUAAACAAGAUUCCUGAAAAACAUUUAUGUGGAGAAAUUAUCUUACUGUUGUAAUGCAUUUUAUUGGGUCAACUUAAUUACAGAUGUGCUAUGUUACAUUUUUCAGAAAGAUGAAUGAUGGUGCUGACUGGUUUUCUGAAUUAGAUUUCUGUAUGUUGCACAAUAGUCCUCAAAAUGUUUUUAAAAAAUCUCCAUAGAAAGAGUGUUUUAGUUCAGCUAGAAACAGAACCAAUGGCCUAUGCAGAAGAGCUAGAUAAAACAUGUACAGGUGUUUCAUAUAAGUUAAAUAUUUAAAUCAGAAUUAUCCUGUAUAAAUUGGAAUUAGGAUCUGGGGUGGGAAUAUUUUGAAUAACACUAACUUAUUUUUAAAGAAGCAAGAUAGGACUUUGUGCAAUGUAUUUUUGUAAAUGCUUUUCAAAAUAUUUGUCUUGGUAUUCUUUGCUGCCUCCAAAUGGACAAGAUGCUAUUGAGAUGUUUAAAUAAAGAGUUUUAAUUUUUGAAAGUGCAUGUAAUAUUUAAAACAAGUAAUAAAGUUUCUUUUCUGUA